AUGACGAGCACAACAUAUGCUGCCAACGGCUUCCACGAGCCCUUUACCACGCCCCAAAAACAAAAACGCUACAGUACAUCGACCACAGCUUCUGUUGGCACGAAUACCGAAAAACCCGAUGCGGCUCUUCGUGCUGCUACUUUGAGCUUUUCUCCUCCCUUCAGCCGCCAACCUUCUGAUGAAGCAUCGUCAUCAGCUGCUACCUCCAAGACAAACGGUACCGCUUUGAUCGCUGCGCGAGUCAUCGGUACCGGCAAUUCUUCGCCAAGAUCAGUAGCGCAGAACCCCUCCGACCAUAGAAGAAGUCUCUCUAGGAACUCCAGUUUUGACCUGCUGGCCUCUUCUAAUGUCCAUGGCGGAUCGCUGAAAGCCGCCCAGUUGAGUGUCAGCAGGUCUCCUUCCUCUGGAUCCGGCGCCGUGUCGCGUGCGAAAUCUUACAACGAACUUGGCCCUGCAUCCCUCAAAUCCGAACGGUCCUAUUCUGAAGAUGCAUCUUCCGUGUAUACACCCAUCGACGGUUCCCUAAUUGCUGCGAAGCUGAGCGCUGCAAGAAAGGAUAGUACGAAGGGACUGCCCGUUCAGACGGCCGUUGCUUCGAAGAGGAACGACAUAUCACCACCGAGCUUACUUGCUGCCGGACUCGCUGUUUCAAGGUCUACUACACCGGGUACUAUGGCGAAUACCCGACCAGAGCGCGACCAGGAACCGGAUAUCCUGCCCCCCGCAGGGUCUGUCAAUGAGGCGAAGAAGAAGUUUCUACAGCAAAUUGAUGCGGCUGAAGGUGGGCUCGACAAUCCCGUUCGUGGCCGGAGGAGCCUCGAAGGGCCUAUGAAGUCGAAAAAUUCGGGGACUUUUUUUGAUACGCCCCCGACCAGUACAGUCAACAUAUCGCCGCUUUCUGCAGCGAAGCUAGCUGUUCAGCAUUCUGGAAGAAAGCCCGGCUCGGCCGGGCCGGGUCCCAAAGUAUCGAAACCUCGACAGCCUUCUCCCAUAAAGAAAGAAAUCAAGCGUGAUAUUACUCCGACAACAGCUCCGGCUGUUGCCCAGGCCCCCACGCCAGUCGCCCCACCACCGAAGCCUGCGAUCUUGAAGAAGCCGACAAUACAAAACAUCAAAAUUACACAGACACCUCUCUCAUCGACAAUUCCUACAUCCCCCAAGCCUGCACCCAAACCCGUGGCUCUGAAGAAGCUCACUACCCAAGAAACAGGCACACCCCCUCCACAGCCGAUAAAACCGCUGCCGAGAAAGACGCGACCUCCUAACAGAACUAGGUCAUCAAAUUCCGAUGCUGCUUCUCCAACAUCAAUUAGUCCGAAGACGACUACUCCAGUGGAAACGCUGCUAUCCCCGAAGGCUCCUAUAAUAGAGGAACCUACAGAGAAAGCGACAGCACCUCCUCCACCCCUUCCUCGGGGCACAAAACCCCCUGCCGAAACUCCUAAGCCAGUUGAGCCAGCGCCUACUCGGCGGGACCCUCGCUUGAUGGGCUUCAAUACUGUCAAGCUACCUCCACCAACCAACAACCAGUCAAUUGUCGAACCAACCAAACCAUCGCCCGUGAAGGCAAGCCCCACACCGCAAUCACCUGUAAGACAGGUCGUGCCUUCCCUUCCUCCGAAGCCUACAUCACCUAUCAAAGUAUUCGAGCACGCACGAGCAGCAGAAGUACCCAUCAAGAAACCAAAGCCUGAGUUACCCAGGUCAAAGACGUUUGUAGAUUCGAUUGUUGCACGACAACCACAAUCCUUAUAUAAUGUUAAAGAGAAGAAUGUAUCCUCAUCCACCGUUUCGUUGCUGCCACCACCUACUGCGACCGCGACUUACAAAAUCCCAUCCACGUCUAAAUCCGCCCAGCCACUGCGACCGAACCUCACCGGACCGGAUUCGACGCGCCCCUCGGUGCGUCCAACACCUAGUUGGCGGGAUGAUACAUAUGAUGUUCUUCCUGUGGAAGGGGUUAUUCGACCUUCUCACACCGGGGACUCGCUCCAUCACGCUAUCCUUGCAUCUUCGCUAGCAUCCUCCCGCGCGGUGUCCCCUGUGAAAUCCAACCCUAUCCCACUGCCACCUCGCCCUAGUGGCGGAUUGCGCACUACGAUGCGAAGUCCAGAAAAAUCGCAAGACCGAGAUAGUUCCCCACAGAAAAAGAGCCAUAAUAUCCUCGGCAAGAAGCACCCGAACAAACAUAAUGAAGGAGCCCGAAAACGAUGGCGAGAAUUCGUCACUGAGAAAGAAAGGAAGCGAUACGAGGGCCUCUGGGCCGCAAACCGUGGAUUGUACCUCACCGAAAAGAUGUUCGAGGGUAGACCGGAUGCUCAGGGGAAGAAACUACACCAGGAUGCCGUAUGUGCUAUUGUAGUGAAGGAUCUGUGGGCUCGCAGCAGGUUGCCUGUUGAUAUUUUGGAACAGGUGUGGGAGCUCGUAGAUAGAGGCCCUAAACCGAAGUGGUGGCUGACGAGGGACGAAUUUAUCAUGGGGCUUUGGUUGAUCGAUCAGAGCUUGAAAGGGAGGAAGUUACCUGGAAAGGUUCAAGAUGGGACAUGGGAGAGCGUAAGGAGGAUGGGGAUCGUGCUCAAGCCAUAUGAGGAAUUGGGCUUGAAAGAGAAGAAGGAGAAGAAAGUAAAGAAACGGUAG